AUGGAUCCUCUCUCCAUCAUUGCCGGAAUAGCAGGAAUAUCUCAAGCGGGAGCCUCAUUAUCAGUUGCCAUCUUCCGUCUAAUAUCCGCUGCGAAAAGUGCACCAAAAGAAAUUACAGAUAUCGCGAGAGGGGUGUCAGAUCUCUCGAUGAUAUUGCGAGAGCUUCGCCGCGUUUUAAAAGAUGGGCGUCAGAUUUAUCGCCGAAAAUUAAUCAGGCGCGUUGGUGUCGCUAUUAAACGCAUCGGAAAAAUUCAUGAUGAGAUUGGGGAACUUCUCGAACUCGAGAGCGAUUUCUCUCGGCUGAAAUGGGCAUUUAGACGUUCUAAAGCUACGCAGUUGCUAUAUCAGGUUGAGAGUCAUAAGACUGGUGUGCAUUUGAUAUUGCAAACGAUGAUACUGGCGAGUCAACUCAAGAUGCAUCGCAGUCAACACCAAGAGUCAAAGAAAGACGAGGACGACACCGAUGAGACCAAACUUCUUCGACAGCAAGCGGAAAACCUUGUUCAAGUGUCUUAUCAAUCUUUACGUUCCCUAGUAAUGACGGCCGAAAAUGGGUUUCCGGAGGAUUACUCCCCCGACGAAACUGAUCCAGAUGGAAACACAGCUGAAAAUUCAAAUGAAAGUCAAAUCCAGCUGCACAAGGCCGGUCUUGAAGAUACUGCAACAUGGCUGUAUGAGCUGGCGUUUUCUUCUAUCAAUGAAGUGGCCGCUACUGGAGAUCAGGUCUCGAAUCAAACGGAGGAGAAGAGCACCGACGGUGAAGAUUGCGAUAUCUCACAAGCGCUUAUACUCAACCUCCCUGGCCAGCAAGCCAAGCAGUUGUCUCAACCACUUCAAAUAUUACUCCGAACUCCUACCAAGCCUUGUUUGGCCCUCAACGAAUUACUUGCUGAAUGGACUACUUUGACAGAAGACGAAAUUGAAGGUGUUGAAAGUUCGCGGAAAGAAGACAACGUUGAAGUCGAUGACCAGGAGAACAUUAAAGAAAACAAUGGUCCGGACCAAUUAAAAGACCUACCACUAAUCCACUUCAAAGACGCUGUGGGUCGAAAAUUCGUCUUUCCCUACGAUCUUGCCAAAGAUUGGGCUGGAGUGAAAGAAUUAAUUAAGCAGUGUUUUCUACACGUUGACAUAAUUGGACCUCACGUGAUGGAUGGCCAUUAUGACCUGAUGUCAAGUGCCGGGUCCAUUAUCCUUCCACAAACUUGGGAGAGGUUAAUAAGGCCUGGUGAAACGAUAACGAUGCAAAUGUGGCCUAUUCCAGAGCCUUCCACACCACGAAAUACAUUUUCUCCGAAAGGACUUGGAUGGCCACCGCCUCCUAACCAAAUUGUAAUUGACAAGCCGGUAAAGUCUCCUCCAUUUACAAACCCGGAAAAAGCCAAAGGUGCGAAGCAAUCAACCGAAAAGGUAAAUAACAAAGAGACUUGA